UGGGAUGUCUCGAGGGCUCAGAGGAGACGAGAGGCAGCGAAAUGACAAUAAGCCGUUUGAGGGGACGACACUCGCCAACUCUCAGAUGGACGAGAAGAGGAGGGAGACUGGGACGCGCAGAGGAGUCCGCGUCCUUUACGCACGAGCCUGCGUCCUGGAGCAGAGUUGAAGUCUGUGCGACUUCAGUCCGAGGGGUUUCAUCUUCUUCCUCUUUGGUUUUCUGACCCCAGAUGCGGCGUCGCAGCUGUUUUGUCUCCGUCGUGCUCGUGGCGCGCGCUCUCACUUCACACUGAUUGUCUCUCGGUGGAUCAGCGCCUGUGACGGUUUGUGGCCAUGUCGGGACAGAAGCCGUCCCUGAAGAGCGCCGGCUCCUCUCAGAGCCGCUUCCAGGUGGCUGUGGUGGCAGAGCCGGCUGCAGCUCCGCAUCCAGCUCCGCAUCCAGCUCCGCAUCCAGCUCCGUCCGCACCUCCAGCCUCCUCCACCGAUGGCUCCAGGGCGCCCGAGGAGUCCAAGGUUCGGAGCAGGUCGGUGGGAUUCCUGGAUUCUGGGAUGGACAUCGGUCUCCCGCCGGACGUCUCCCACGAGCCGGACACGGCGAAGAGCGACUCGGUCAGUCUCCAUUCCACGGGCACGGGCCACACGCACGUGUCCGACUCUCAGUCCAACACCUACUACAUGCGGACCUUCGGCCACAACACCAUCGACGCGGUGCCCAACAUCGAGUUUUACCGGCAGACGGCGGCGCCUUUUGGGGAGAAGUUGACCAGACCGUCGCUGUCAGAACUGCACGAUGAACUUGACAAAGAGCUCUUUGAGGAUGUUCUGGCCAAUGGGGACGAGCCGUCGGCAGCUGAGGAGGCGGCAGCUCUGGCAGCAAAGGAGGCGAAAGGAGGAACUGUCAAGUUCGGCUGGGUCAAAGGAGUGUUGAUCCGCUGCAUGCUGAACAUCUGGGGCGUGAUGCUGUUCAUCAGGAUGUCCUGGAUCGUCGGGCAGGCUGGGACAGGUCUGACCAUCGCCAUCAUUCUCAUGGCCACUCUGGUCACCACCAUCACCGGACUGUCCACCUCUGCUAUCGCGACCAACGGCUUCGUACGAGGAGGCGGUGCCUACUACCUGAUCUCCAGGAGCCUUGGGCCAGAGUUUGGAGGCUCCAUCGGGCUCAUUUUCGCCUUCGCCAACGCUGUGGCUGUAGCCAUGUAUGUCGUGGGCUUCGCCGAGACAGUGGUCGAGAUGCUAAACGACGUGGACGCUCUGAUGACCGACGAGCUGAACGACAUCCGCAUCGUGGGCUCUCUGACUGUGAUCCUGCUGCUGGGAAUCUCUGUGGCUGGGAUGGAGUGGGAGGCCAAGGCUCAGAUUGUUCUGCUGGUGAUCCUGCUGGGGGCCAUCGCCAACUACUUCAUAGGCAGCUUCAUGCCCACGGAACGCAAAGAAGCCAAAGGCGUCUUUGGCUACAACACUGCCAUUUUCUUAGAGAACCUGGGUCCAGACUUCAGAGACGAGGAGACAUUCUUCUCCGUGUUUGCCAUCUUCUUCCCAGCAGCCACUGGGAUCCUGGCGGGUGCCAACAUCUCUGGAGACCUCAGCGAUCCUCAGUCAGCCAUUCCCAAAGGGACGCUGCUGGCCAUCCUCAUCACAGGCAUCACAUACGUGGCAAUCGCCAUUUCUGCAGGCUCCUGCAUCGUCAGAGAUGCUACCGGCGAUCGCAACGACACUGUGAGCGACACGGUGAACUGCACCGAUGCUGCCUGCACCCUGGGCUACGACUUCUCCAUCUGCAGAGAGGGAGGCUGUCAGUACGGCCUGAUGAACGACUUCCAGGUGAUGAGCCUGGUCUCGGCCUUUGGGCCCCUCAUCACUGCAGGAAUUUUUUCAGCCACUCUGUCUUCAGCUCUGGCUUCACUGGUCAGUGCCCCCAAAGUGUUCCAGGCUCUGUGUAAGGACAACAUCUAUCCCGGCCUGAGUGUGUUUGCAAAGGGUUAUGGGAAAAACAACGAGCCUCUCCGUGGCUACGUCCUGACCUUCGCCAUUGGCCUCGCCUUCAUCCUCAUCGCUGAGCUGAACAUCAUCGCUCCCAUCAUCUCCAAUUUCUUCCUGGCCUCGUACGCUCUCAUCAACUUCUCCGUCUUUCACGCCUCUCUUGCCAAUUCUCCAGGGUGGCGCCCCAGCUUCAAAUACUACAAUAUGUGGGUGUCUCUGGCGGGGGCCAUCCUGUGCUGUGUGGUGAUGUUUGUCAUCAACUGGUGGGCGGCUCUGGUCACUCUGCUCAUCGUCCUCGCUCUCUACAUCUAUGUCAGCUACAAGAAACCUGAUGUGAACUGGGGUUCCUCCACCCAGGCUCUGAUUUACAACCAGUCUUUGACUCACUGUCUGAACCUCACCGGAGUCGAAGACCAUGUCAAAAACUUCAGGCCUCAGUGUCUGUUGCUGGCUGGUUAUCCAAAUGCUCGCCCUGCUCUGGUCCAGCUAGUUCAUUCUUUCACCAAGAACGUCGGCCUCAUGAUCUGCGGCCACAUCAAGACUGUUUCCCGUCGGCCCAACUUCAAGGAUCUGUCCCAGGAUCACGCUCGCUGUCAGCGCUGGCUCAAUAAAAGACGCAUUAAAGCUUUCUACACUCCUGUUUUCUCUGACAACCUGAGACACGGAGCUCAGUUCCUGAUGCAGGCUGUCGGUCUGGGUCGUCUGAAGCCCAACACUCUGGUCAUGGGCUUCAAGAACAACUGGAGCGAUGGAGACAUGAGAGAUGUGGAGAUUUACGUCAACACUAUGCAUGAUGCCUUCGACCUGCAGUUUGGAGUGGUGAUCCUUCGGCUGCAGGAGGGUCUGGACGUCUCUCACAUACAGGAUCAAGAUGAGCUGCUCACGUCCCAGGAGAAGCCGCUGUUCGGUAGCAAGGAUGUGGUGGUUUCUGUCAGUCUGGCAAAAGACUCAAAAAACACCAGCAACCAGAUCAGCCCACUCAUCAUGAGAGAGGGAGGAAAAGAGGAAACCAAGACCAAGUCUCCCCUGAGUCUGACUGACCAGCGUCUGCUGGAAGCCAGUCAGCGGUUCAAGAAGAAACAAGGCAAAGGAACCAUCGAUGUGUGGUGGCUGUUUGAUGACGGAGGCCUGACUCUGCUGAUUCCCUACCUGCUCAUCAACAGGAGCAAAUGGGGCGACUGCAGGAUUCGCAUCUUCAUCGGUGGGAAGAUCAACCGCAUCGACCACGACCGCCGAGUGAUGGCCACUCUCCUCAGCAGGUUCAGGAUCGACUUCUCUGACAUCAUUGUCCUCGGCGACAUCAACACCAAACCCAAGAAACACAAUAAGCUGAGUUUUAAGGAACUGACUGAACCGUACAGGCUGAAGGAGGACGACAUGGAGCAGGAGGCGGCAGAGAGGCUGAAGGCUCAGGAGCCCUGGAGGAUCACAGACAACGAGCUGGAGCUGUACAAGGCCAAGACCAACCGUCAGAUCAGACUGAACGAGCUGCUGAAGGAACAUUCCUCCACAGCCAAACUCAUCGUCAUGAGCAUGCCUCUGGCCAGGAAGGGAGCGGUGUCCAGCGCCCUCUACAUGUGCUGGCUGGAAACUCUGUCCAAGGACCUGCCGCCGCUGCUGCUGGUCCGAGGGAACCACCAGAGUGUCCUCACCUUCUACUCCUAACUCCAGCCGCUCGCCCACAGACACACACAGCGUAAAUCAGCUAACACCGCUGAUGCUGGUUAUUAACACAUUAAUCAGCAUUUACACAACUUUUAGAGCUUCAUAUUCAGCAGCUUCUGAGUGUCUCUGUGAACGACACAAAAUUAAUUAAUUAAUUAAUUAAUUUGCGAUUUAUAGCUUACAAAAAGAUUCUGAUGUCAGAAAGGUUUUUAUUUGACCUGUGGUUAAACUGUAAGAUUGUAUAUCUUUGGUAACAUUUUUUUGUAUAUUAUUUUAAUAAAAUAUUAACUAAACUGCC